AUGUUAGAAAUCAAUCCUGAUUUGCAAACACCACUUGAAUCAACGAAUCCACCUACUGCUGGUGAUAAUAAAGAUAUUAAAAAAGCGGCACCAACAUUAGAUUUUGAAACUGUUGGAUCAGAUAAGAUUGGUCAGGAGCAAAAAUUAGGAAUUCAAGAAUGGAUAAAUUUGACAUUAGAUCGUGAAUGUACACCAACACUUUAUGUUUAUUUUGCUUGUAUUGCUAUACUUGGUGUUAUCACUAUUGGUAUCAUUAUUAUCGUUGGUUUACAAUGUAGCUGGAAUUUUAUUACUGUAGGAUGA